AUGCCGCUCAUCAUUGUCUCCGGCCUCCCCACGUCCGGCAAAACCACCCGCGCCAAGCAACUCCACGACUACUUGUCGGCGCGCAUAGCAGAAACCCAACCCCCCAAGUACCGCCUUCACCUCAUAUCCGACGACUCCCUCUCAAUAUCCCGCGCCGUGUACGACCUCUCCCCGGACACGGUGCGACUGCACACGCGGUCCGCCAACUCGUCCGAGAAGGAUGCCCGCGCCGCCCUGUACGGCGCCGUGAAGCGCGUGCUCUCCGAAAGGGACAUUGUCAUCCUCGACGGCCUGAACUACAUCAAGGGGUGGCGGUACCAGCUGCACUGCGAGGCCAAGGCCAUGAGGACGCCAAACUGCAUACUCCGUGUUGCGUGCCCGGUGGACCAGGCGAGGCAGGUCAACGAGGAGAGGCGGCGGCGGCGACAAGACACCACCGAGCACCAUGGUGAAUCUGCGCCGGAGGCCUACGAGCCGGCCAACUGGGACAACCUCGUCUUUCGCUACGAGGAACCAAACCCCAUGACACGCUGGGACUCUCCGCUCUUCGCGGUCCUCUGGGACGACGACGAGGCCCAGACGAAACGAACCUUUGAUGAUCUCUGGGACGCCAUGGCCGGCGAGGGGCGCAAAGUCGUCAAGCCAAACCAGUCUACGGUUCAGCGUGGCCGAGAAGCUGGCGGCGAUUACUUGUAUGUUCUCGAGCGGGAGACCCAGGAUAUUGUCAAGAGAAUACUGGAGCAGCAAGGGGACGAUGGUGGCGGCGAGGUAAAGGUACCGCUUGCCGCCGCCGACAGGGAAGAUCUGAUUGUAGACUUGCCGGCGGGCAAAAAAGUUGGCCUGCCGCAGCUGCAGAGGCUGAGGAGGGCGUUUGUCGGGUUGAACAGGGGCGGCAUCGGCCUGGAGAGGGUGGGCAACAUGGCGGCUGAUGGGAUGAGGGAGUUGUUUGUUAGUUAUUUGAACGAUGCAUUUGAGAAGGAUGAAUGA